UCGUGAGAGCCCCGAAUUCCGUGUGAGGCGUUACGUCCCUGGACGGCGAGGAACGAGCCGUAGCGACGUUGCCCGCGCGAUAGUGCAGGGGUGCGAGAGAGGCGGAGCUAAGGCCGGAGUGAAAUAUUGGAGAAGGAGAGAACGAGAGAGCGGAACGCUACGAACUGCCGCCGCCACCGCGAGCGGAGUAUCAACCAGCUGGUUGUCGAGGGAGCCGCGAGCAGUCGCCAGUGAGACGCGGCAGCCCGCGAGCGAGCGUGUCCGUCAGUUCGUUAUACCGUUUCGACAAUUCGCUCGUGAGGAAAAUUCUGUGAUUGGUUUUUUGGUACUGAACGGUGAGUGUGACAAUUUUGACAAGAGCGGCAACUGCCCGCGUUAGUCGUCUGCGUCCGUCUCUGUCUCUGUGUGCGCGAAAGAAGAAGCAAGAUGGCCGCUGACUCGGGAAUGGAGACGUGUCCCUCCCCAGAAAUCGCGGACUCCAGGAAGCGGCCACUCGACUGCGACGUGGAAAACGGCGCGACGAAGAGGUCUCACUACGGAUCAGGAGGAGAUGGCACGUAUCAUCUCAAAGUGUUGGUCCCAGGAGUGGCUGCAGGAGCCAUCAUUGGGAAAGGCGGAGAGACCAUUGCUCAACUACAGAAGGAUACGGGGGCUAGGGUCAAAAUGUCCAAAUCCCAUGAUUUCUAUCCAGGAACCACAGAGAGAGUGUGUUUGAUAACUGGAAGCGUUGAUGCUAUAAUGGCCGUCAUGGACUUCAUAAUGGAGAAAAUUCGUGAGAAGCCAGAUCUCACGUCGAAAACCACAGUUGAUUUCGACUCUGGUAAAACGACGGCAGAGAGAGACAAGCAGGUAUUAAAUGUGAAAAUAUUAGUGCCUAAUAGCACGGCGGGUAUGAUCAUAGGAAAAGCUGGAAAUUAUAUUAAGCAAAUUAAAGAAGAAUCUGGUUCCUACGUUCAAAUAAGUCAGAAAGCCAAGGACUUGUCUCUUCAAGAACGUUGCAUUACGGUCAUCGGGGAGAAAGAAAAUAACCGUAAUGCUCUGCUGAUGAUUUUGGCUAAAGUAGCGGACGACCCGCAAAGUGGUACGUGUCCCAAUGUCAGUUAUGCGGACGUCAGUGGUCCAGUUGCCAACUAUAAUCCAACCGGAAGUCCAUAUGCCCAAGCUCCAGCAGGUACUUCAACGUACAAUUCGACUACUGGCCUCAAUACGGUGAGCCUUCUGAACGGUGCUGGCCUGAGCCUUAAUUUGAACCUAGGUGCUGCCAUAACAGCAGGCACCGAACCAGUCACCACCCAGUUGUUGGAGCAUAUAAAGCUGAAUCUACGAACUACAGGAUUUUUGGAGCCCGCAAUUACCGAGAUCGUGGCGGCCAUCGCCACUCUCGCUAAAUACAAUAUACUCGGCAUGGGCAUUGGCAUGUCCUCGAGUAUGAGCUACCUCGGAACCCCUAUGGACAGUACUACGACUGCCAAUGGUUCGAAUAACAAUGGUGGAGUAUUCGGACCAAUAGGGACAGUACCAACACUUGGAUCGACCUCACCUACACCGCGCAACACUCUCGAUAGAUACGAGCCCUUCGAUCCCUUCAGGCAGAACAACACUGCCGCCAGUGCCAUUCAUCUGAACAACAAUUCGUUUGGGUUGGGCACGAACCAGUUGUCACUCGACAAGUAGCUCCUCCAUGGCACGAAAAGUUCGCCGAUGCGAGGACAGAUCAAGCACGGAGCUUCCUUCUGCGUAGCUGACAGUAUUCGCAUUUGUACAUAAGGUCGCUAUUACUUGUACUCAUGACGCCAACAAGAAUGUUGAGAAGCUGGUUUUCUUUUAACGCCGCGGUUAUACAGCCCUCGAUCGCAGUCUCUCGGUAAGAAUCACAGAGAUAUGUAUAUAGAGUAUAGAGUGGGCAGCCAGUCUACUACUACUGCUAGUACUAUUACACUACUAUUUACUACUGUUAUUACACUAAUAUAGGAACUAUUAUUCCCGUGCCGAGUUUCGGUGUUAAAGUUAAGAGCGUCGUUAUUAAAUCACAUUAAACAUUUAUUCCUUCGUUAUUGGGGAUUUAUUAUUUUUUAACGAUACCUUCUAUACGGAUCAUCUAUCUCAAAAAGCUUAACUAUGGAUUCUCAUGUGUCGAUCGAAUUCCUUUCGGACAAUAAAUUAUUCAAGUACGUGCGUACACUCCUCUUGUGUGACAAAUUCCCGUGUGUUAAACGAACGCUUAGAGAAAUAUAUAUACAUGAAUUUAUAUAUGUAUAUAUUAUACGCGCGGGCUGCACAGUGAAAAAUUGUCCAAGGAUUCAAAGCGUCUUCUCCGCAGAUGGACGGCUGAUCUUUUUCGCGAUUUGUCUUUCAAAACUUUAUCGAUAUAACUCCGUUAUCAUAUAUGCAUAUAUAUAACCCUAAAUUCGUUUCAUCACCGGAUGUAAGAUACGUCGAGUACCGAUUAUACCGUUCAAUGUCUGUGCCUGUCUGUUGAACGGUUCCACUGUUCAGAUCCCAUUGGCCAAUGUAAUUCCAAUAGCGUUGGUCCAUAAUGAUUGAACGUGACGUCCGUUACGUCACGUUGGACAGUUUUUUGCAGUAAAAGCCAUAGAGGUUCCUAUAAAAAGUGGUGACGCAGUACUGGUUGGCCCGUUGAUUAGUAUCUACGAGUUGUUUAAAACCAACGUAAAAAAAAUAACGCCGAUACGCUGGCAGUAUAGAUAUAUGUAUAUAUAGCGUAAAAAUAUAAUAUACAUAUAGUUGUAUUGCUCGUUGUACCGUACUGUUAUUAUCUUAUUAUUCAUCCUUUUGUUUUGUACAGUCGGACAUAAUUCAUUGAGCGCAUCGAUUUAUUAUUAUUAAAUGCAUGACGUAUUAAUAUGUAUAUAUAAAUAAAGGAUAUACAAUAUUUAUAUAUAUGUACACAUGGAUACGCAUACAUGAAAUUACAUAGUUGUAUACAAGUUGUAGACGUAGACGCGUAGCAUUCGGUAGUCUCUUUAAUCUCGUAUUAAAAUGAUCAUCGCGGGUUCGACGAGUUAGUCAAUAAAUUAAUAAACAAUUGAAGUAUCUAACUAAAUGGGUAAAUAAUUAUUCUCUCGCACGUGGCGAUGUAGCGUAGCAAUCAGGGAACCGUAGGAAUUGCAUCGACUCGCCUCAAAUCUAACAUUAAGUACCCGUCGUGAUAAACGAUUUAUUGAAUUCGACACACAUCUUCGCCACAUUUACGUGGCUCGCGUGUCGCAUUACUUGGCUGUGUGUGCUAGGCUACGUCAUCGAUUCAUAAUUCCAUCGUACAUACAUUUCACUCGAAUUGCAUAGAUUCCAAUCAUUCUCCGUUUAAAAAACAAACGAACGUUAACGUGUUAACGAGGAGCGGAGGGCGUUGCUUAAUUCGCAUAGAAUAGCCGGACGUAAUAUCGACAUCGAUAUACAUGUAUAUUCGAGACACCCCGUAUCGUGAGAAAGUAAGAUACGCGAAGGAAAAAUAAGAGAGGGGAAAAAAAGUGAAGGAAGACAAACGAAAGCAAGAGCAACAACAAGAUGAAAAUAUUAUUCACGUCACUACGCUCCACCACAAUCACUCUAGUGCCAUAUGUUACAUCAUCUUCCCUUAUUACCAAUUACCCCGACCGGCCACACUUGUUAACGUUUGACAGUAGUGAAGCGAGUUGUUAAAGAUAUGUAUUUUCUGCGAUGUGUAGGCUGUUUUUUGAAUAAAGGCGGAAUAUUCGUUUAUUUCGAAUUUUAUACUUGGUGUCCAUUGUCCGACGGUGCGAGAGCACACCCUGAUGUCUGUUCAAUCUAUUGGGCUUGUGCAGUCUGCUGCGAGCUACGUCAGUUGGUCGUGUCGAUAGAAUUUCGGAGGAGUUAACACCAAAGUAUCGGGCGAUACGGAAAUCUGCACCCUUUGUUGCCGUUGCAAUUAUUCUACGACAUCUUUGACUGUCGAGCGGCAAUAUCUUGGCGUUCCUCAUGAUUUCUUUAUUGUAACGCUGAGUGCUAUUGUAGAUUUCGCUUGUAUUGUUCGCGUACAGCUGUCGUGUUAUACCUAUGGGUUUAGUCGUCGCUGUACGACCAAGUGGUUACUCGUAAAAUAGUUUUAGUCAACAAAGGGUUAUCAAAUAAAUCAAACUGUUCGAUAAUAUCCCUGAAGUGUGUAGUUACUAUAAUAGAUGCGAAGUUGUACAUCGUCCGUGUCAGAUGUGAAAACCGAAUGGAAGUACGGUGGUACAGGAUGAAAACAAAUAUACAUUAGGUCAGUAACUUUUAAUGAACAGGAAGAGUAAAAUCGCUAAUUAAUUCUGGACACGAUGUAACGUGCUGAAUAUGCAUUGUGCGUAAUUUCUUAACUUAUAGUUUCGGCAGUGAUUUUUAAAAUUAAUUGUCAUUUUUUUAAUCGCAUAUCCUCGCUUCAAUGGCUUUUAGCUGUUCGGCAUAUAUAUAUAUAUAUAUAUUUUUUAAUCUGGUCGUAGAACUAUUUUUAGGUGAAUAAUCUUUCUUGAUUUCAUGGAAUUGCUCGUUCUGACUACUCGAAUAUUUUUUGAUUCUUCAUUUACUUUCCGUGACUUACUGUAAUCAAACGUUCAACCGGUUGAGGUAUUAUAUUGUAUAAUUGUAAUAGAGAAAUGAAAAUGUCACGGUAUCACAAAAUUACGGGAAAAAAAAAUUAUAUUAUAUUAUAUAAAAGAAAUGCGAGAAGUCAUUUAUAGAGAGAAAUAAUGAUCACAGAGGAUUAUAUAUUAUAUUACAUUGAUUGACAAUAGAACAGAUCACGCUGUUAUAUGUAGAGAAACGGAUGAGAAGCCUCGAGGAAAUUCAAUUUAUCCUUAAGUAUAUGAAAUUGCACAGAAGCGACCUCAUACAGACAUUCUAUUAGGCGCAAAGAGUUGUUACAUUGUUGUGCGUUGUCAUCACACAUCUAUAUAUAAUUAAAUUGUAAGAAACCAUCAAUCGCACCCUGACGACAUAACGGGCAAAAAACAAAGUAAUAUAUAUAUAUGCAAAUGAAAGAUUUAAAAGUAAAAGUGACGGUCACUCGCGAGUUUCAUAAACACUAUGAUUCCCGAUCGGAUGGUUUUACCAUAUUCGUACGGAAAUUUUCAAAUUCCAUAAUACUUGCCGUUACGAUCAACGUCGCUUCUCGUACAUUAUAUUUUGCGAUGCUUCGCCGGAAGGAAAUCAAAAAAAUGUUCCAGUAUCGAAAUAAUUUGGACGUGACUGUUAAUUCAGACCAUAACACAAACCAUAGCCUAGAUUUAGAUUAAAUGAUUUUAAUGGCGAUAAAGUUGUAUUUGUUUGUCAGAAAUUUCCAAAUUUUUCUCAGCGUUCUAAAAUUCCAAAAAAUCAUUGAUUCAACUGUCAAUAUAAUCAGCAUACUCUUUCGUUUAUCGGAAUCAUUGUAAACUUAAGAAUUUCCACAGAUCCAUCCGAUUCCAUAUACACUUAUCAUGGCGACAUUAUAAUCCACGUAAUUUGUACGCACGUUACAAAUGGCGAGGAGGGUUGUACAAAAUUGUACGUAAUGUUAUUUUAUUGGAAGUGAGAGCUAGGCUUAGGCUGUUAAAUACGGUAUACUGUAUCGAGUAAGAAUAUGUAAAAAUCUGGAUGAGAUCGUUGUUGAGGUAGAAAUAGCACAUAGCAGCUCGGGGACAAAAAAGAAUAUUAAGUACCUUGUUGAGUAUAAGUAGUUAUACAGCUAAGUCACACGUGUAUACAAGACACGUGCGUGCGUGCGUGCGUGCAUGCAUAAACACUGACAGAUACACUGAUUCACACAUUGUAGACACGAAUGAUAUGUACAGUAAGACGUACCCGUGCUAGAUUACUCGAGUUACACGUCCAUAUACACGUUUCGAAGAGAAUUUCUUCAGAUCAGAUACAACGCGACCUUGUCCUUUGUACUCUAUCCGCAUUGGCAAGGUAGUACAUACGACUUUGCAUCCCGUCUCGGUGCAGACGAGCUCGAUUAGUUUUUGGGAUAAACGUGAGAUUCUGAUGAUUAUCCAAAUAAUGCAAGCUGCCGGCUGCACAGAGAAGACCGUAGAGCCAGUUGGCACUGCGGCUGUACGAUCAAGUAUUGUACCUUACAUUCCUUUUGGCUAUAAUGUAAUUUAAGAAAUCAACUCUUGUGCGUCACACGUUAAACCGUGUUAUCAAGUAUCUCUCGUGACUUCGGAGAGCCCAUUAUUACCAUCCACGAUCGCGGCAAAUUUGCGUUAUUGAUUUCUAUCGUUAUCGUUGCUCGAGUGAUCCACAACUUCACUCGAGGACACAUUGUCGAUCGCGGUAAUAAAUUAUAGAUCGUAAUGGGGAUUGGUAUCGACCGUCGUCAAUUACUUUGUCAUCCAAUUGGAUAACUCGUUUCGCGUUUAUCGAUGGUAACGUAGGCUCCUUGUCAUAUUGUGAUCCUCUGAUCUAGCCAGAAUGGUUUACGAGUAAAGAUCCUGUUGCGUGCGUGAUACACGAGAAACUUAUGGGUAUUAUAUUGUAAAACGAUUGUUUCUUUUUUUCAUCUUUCUUUUUUCAAUAAGCACAAAAUUCCUUGUAGUCGAUUAAUCUAGUUUUCGCUUGUAAUCCAAUCUUGGGCGUCUAUCCAGUUUUUUUGUGACCUAUUGCGUCACGCUGUGAAUUGGUAUCUGGCUGAAUGCAGAGUACGCAGUUUGAAUUUCCUAUAGGGAGACAAAUAUACGAAAUGGAGUGAAUACAGUGGUUUUACGGAGGGAUCUCUCGUCGGGAGGGUUAUGAUGGAUAAUUUCUAAGGGGAAUAAAAUGAAAGGUGUGAUAAACGGAAAAAAAAAUAAUUACAGGAUUAUUAUUGGAUAAAGGAAAAAAAAAACGUUUAUUCGUUAAACCAGGCAAAGUGUGGCUGUUCGUUUAACGAGGAAAAUUGUGCGUGGUAUCGCGAUUGUAUUUUGAACAUGGUAGAAGUCACGACGAAUGUGUAUAAUGGCAAGUUUUGUAUGACAUCCUGGGAUAGGAACGACUCGGUGAAGUCGAUGAGGACCGUGCUACGUUAUUACGCAUUGCACGGCUUACAAGAGCUAUAGAGAAUCUUUCUAUUUAUUGACAACGCAUCUCAGAAUAAUAUAUUUAUUUUUUAGAGAUCCAUCCACUAAAACAUACACCUUCUCCUCCUGGAGUGUCCAAAAUUUGGAUACCGCAAUUACUAUCCGUAAAUGUGUAAUUAGUCGUUACUUGCAGCAUACAAAACUACUCUAAUAAUUAUUCUACACUCUCUAACCCACAUUUAUUUGCAUCAACAAAUUGUUAUUUUUUCAUCACCAAUUUAUUCCAUUCAAUGUUAAAUAAUUAUAAAUAAACAUAAUAUAUUAACUAUUUUCAUUCAUGAAAAGCAUCGUUACCUGUAUGACAAGUGAUCAUAAGAGCAUAAUAAACAAUCGCUCAUUAAAUGCA